CAGGCUCCUUCCUGGCGACUUGGUGCCCAGGACAGGAGCCGGGGAGAUAGGAAGAGCGGAGCCCGGGAGCCCGGGGCACGGGAUGGCCCCGCAGAGAUCUGUGAGGCUGUCCCUCAAGAAACCCACCUACGCUGUGUGUGUGGUGGGAGUUGAGACGUCUGUGGACGUUCACAGUGAUGUGCCCAAGGGGGCCGAGACCUUUGGCGUCUCUGGGAGCCCCGGAGUGGAGGUCUUUGUGGUCUACGACCCAGCUCGGGUGACGGGGCCCACAGGCAAGUCCCGCUGGCCCCUGGACGUCAGUGUGGAGGUGACCAUAUCUGUGGACGCGGCCAGUAAGGACUUAAAUGAUCUCAAGGUGAAGGUGUACUACUUCGGGCAGCAUCAGGAUGGGGCCCUAGGCCACAGCGUGCUCUAUCUCACCGGCGUCGACAUCUCCCUCGAUGUUGACACGCAUCGCACGGGCAAGGUGAAGAGGAGCCACGGCGACAAGAAAACCUGGCGCUGGGGCCCUGAGGGCUAUGGGGCUGUCCUGUUGGUGAACUGUGACCGGGACAGUAUCAUGUCCAGAGGGCCUGACCUUACCAACAGCCAGCUGGCAUCACUGGACGACCUACAGGACAUGUCCCCCAUGGUGCUGAGCUGUGAUGGCCCAGACAGGCUCUUCGACAACCACAAGCUCGUCCUGAAUGUGCCCUUCUCGGAUUCCAAACGAGUGGGGGUCUUCUGUGCUAGGGGCGGGCAUUCCCUCGAGCACUACAAGCAGGUGCUGGGGCCUCAGCGCCUGUCCUACGAAGUUGAGCGGCAGCAGGGAGAGCGGAAAAUCAGCUUCUUUGUGGAGGGACUCACCUUCCCUGAUGCUGAUUUCUUGGGGCUGGUCUCCCUUAGUGUCAGCCUGGUGGACACGGGGACCCUGCCUGAGGUGCCCCUCUUCACAGACACCGUGGCCUUCCGCAUGGCCCCCUGGAUCAUGACCCCCAACACCCAGCCCCCCCUGGAGCUGUAUGCGUGCAGUGUGGUAGACUCUCAUGGCCCAAAUAAGAAAUUUCUGGAAGACAUGUCGGACCUAGCGUUGAAAACCAACUGCAAGCUGAUCGUCUGCCCUCAGAUUGAAAAUCGAAAUGACCGCUGGAUCCAGGAUGAGAUGGAGUUUGGCUACACCGAGGCCCCUCACAAGUCCUUCCCAGUGGUCUUCGACUCUCCCCGAAACAGAGGUCUGAAGCAUUUCCCCUAUAAGCGGAUCCUGGGUCCUGACUUUGGAUAUGUAACCCGGGAGAUCCUGUUCGCUGGCGCCUCCAGCCUUGACUCUUUCGGCAACCUGGACGUCAGCCCCCCCGUGACAGUGGGCGGCAAGGAAUAUCCCCUGGGCCGGAUCCUCAUCGGCAGCAGCUUCCCCAAGUCCGGUGGGAGGCGGAUGGCCAAGGUGGUCCGGGACUUCCUGCAGGCCCAGCAGGUGCAGGCCCCCGUGGAGCUCUACUCUGAUUGGCUCUCCGUGGGCCACGUGGAUGAGUUCCUGAGCUUUGUGCCCACCUCUGACCGAAAGGGUUUCCGGCUACUCCUGGCGAGCCCUAGCGCUUGCCUCAGACUGUUCCAAGAGAAGAAAGAGGAGGGGUACGGGGAAGCUGCCCAGUUUGAUGGGUUAAGUCACCAGGUGAAUAGAAGCAUUAAUGAGAUGCUGGCCGACCGUCGACUCAGGAGCGACAGUCUCUAUGUACAGAAAUGCAUCGACUGGAACCGGGAGGUGCUGAAGCGGGAGCUGGGCCUGACCGAGCGGGACAUCAUCGACAUCCCCCAGCUCUUCUCCCUGAAGGGCUCCUAUGCAGAAGCCUUCUUCCCGGACAUGGUCAAUAUGGUGGUCUUGGGCAAGCACCUGGGCAUCCCCAAGCCCUUCGGACCCAUCAUCAACGGCCGCUGCUGCCUGGAGGAGAAGGUGCGCGCCCUGCUCGAGCCGCUGGGCCUGCACUGCACCUUCAUCGACGACUAUCUGUCCUACCACGAGCUGCUCGGGGAGAUCCACUGCGGCACCAACGUGCGCCGGCAGCCCUUCUCCUUCAAGUGGUGGCACAUGGUGCCCUGAGCCCGCCUCCGCCCGCCAUCCCCUCCGCCCACCUGCCAGGGAGCCACGCCAGGGUGAUGGCGAAGACCUUCCACCCAGCCUCUGGCCUCUGAGGGGAGCCCCUGGCGCUUCUUCCCGAGUGCCUGCAAACGUGCUGGCCACCGCGGGCCCGGGGAUCUGGGGAUACGACAGUGGACACCACACACACACACACCUCCCUCCAGAGGGGCCUCCCCGGCCCAGAGAGGACUGUCCUCAUUCCUCCCUCCCCCUUCCUGAUCUACCACUCCUAGAGGUUCUAGAAAAGAGCAAUGGCCUUAAUGGGUUCACGGCUGGCUGUGCCUGGCCACUCUAAGUAGCUCCCCCUCUGUUCUGCUGUUCCUCCCGUGUCGGCACCAGGAAGGGGUCCCAGAGGGCCUGGGCUCUGGGGUGGAGGCUUGGGCCGCAGGCAUCCGUGGUUCUUGUACAAGCAGGAGCAGGGGGGGAGGCACCUUCUCUACUAGCUGUCCUGGGACCUCCUGGGACCUCUCAGCCACGUUUAUAGAGACAAAUAAGGACAGGAAAACCCGGCAUCUGAGGGCUGCUUAAAAAGGAAAAGGCAACAGAACCCCUUUAAUACCUGACUCCGUCCUUAGAAGGGUGCUUGUUACCUGGUUAGAAAGCCUUUAAUUACGAGUGCUGGCUGCUUCCGGCCCCCAAACGCUGUGAGGCUGGAGAGAGGCCUCAGAGGGACACACAGAGGCAAGCUGGCGGGAGGCCAGGGUGGCAGAGGAGGCCGAUGCCUGAGGACGAGCCACGGGGCCUGGUCCCCACUUCGGAUUUUAGACUCUGGAUGCAAAACGGGGGGGGGGGGGGCUGACCGUUCCAGAUGUCACAGGGGGCAGGGGCCCGGAUGUUAAGAGAGGGUGGGGGGGCCAUUAGGUUAUCUCUGAAGGUGGGGUUUAAUUUCCUUUAAUUGUCUUUAAUUAUUCCCCUUGGUCCCGCAGGCAGUGGGAGGGAAGGCUCGCCCCGUCUCUCUUGGCAGCUCGGAGACCCUGCAUGUAGCCUGGGUUUCCGCUGUGGAGUCAACCCCAAAGCAAGCCUGUAUCCACCCCCAUCCCCCCCCAAAGAAGGCAAGAGAACUGCCAUGGGGGUGGGGGUUGGUUAAGAGGCCUGUCCCCGGUGAGGUCACCAGGACGUGCACAAGCAGGCAGGCUUGGCCAGUGCUGGGCAAGCGGUGGCCCCUGCCCCAGGCAGGCGCAGGCACAAGGGAGCCAGCCUGCCCCCUCCCCGCCAUUGCUAGGGACUCUCAGCCCCAGGCCUCCACCAGCGGGGUUUUCAGUGGCCCCUGCUAAGUCCAAGACCAGGCCAGCCAGCCACUGUUAUACUCUGAGCCAUAGAACACUUAGCAACCAGAAACUUCCAUGGAAACCGGACAUAUGAAGUGGAUGAAACAGAACUGCUCUGGUUUAGAUGUCAGGGGUGGUGUACCUGGGUUGUCCCCUUCCAAAAGAUUCUGGGGACCCCAUUUGGAAGCCCCUGGUUGAACCUUUGCACUUUCUGCUCAUAACCAUGACGCAGCCUACACUGAGCCAAGGAGAGAAGGGAAGCUCUUUGGGGGCCAAGGGCGUGCAGCCAGGGUUGAGAUUCCCCAGGGAAAGGCUGUGGGUGGAGGGGAAUGGGCAUUACGGAGGGAUCGGGAGGGUGGGGAGCAGGCCUUCUCAAGCUACCCUGAGCAUGGGCAGCUCUGGAAUUAAUGCUAGAGUUGUCCGAGGGCCCUGAUGACUCCCACUGAGGAUGUUCCGGGUGACCAAUCAUCUCCUACGUGAUUAAUAAAAAUGUCAAUAUGCAUUUCUUCAA